AUGCCUCCCAAAAAGAACCCCACUUCCGAGGGCCAGGGCUCUAACUUCACUGAGAAUGAGGUUACCUUCGUCAAGGCUGUCUUCGACAGCAUGAACUCGCGCCCGGAUGUCGACUUCGCCAAAGUCGCCACCAUCAUGAGCUUGGCCAACGCCAAGUGCGCUAAGGAUCGAUUCAGAACCAUCUCCAAGCGCCACGGCUGGUCGUCCACCGAUGGCUCCGGUGGCGCUAGCCCCUCCAAGGGUGCUCUCGGUGCCAAGAACACCUCCAAGGUCAUGAAGACCCCUACCAAGAAGAAGGGAACCGCUCAGAAGAAGAAGCAGACCAAGAAGGAGUCGUCUUCGGAGUCCGACAACGACGAUGACGUCUCUUCCAAGCUCGAGUCCGACUCGGAUGGUCAGAAGGCUGCCAAGGACGAGCUGAUGCAGGAGGACUCCAGCGACAACGAGUAG